CUGGCUUUACUUAUUCACUAUAACCUCUCCAUUUCUGUCAGAUAUAAGCAAGAAACAGUGUCGUUCUUUCUAAGCUUUGCAUCCAUUAAUGAUUUUAUGAUGUGAGGGGUUGUGAGACAGUGACGAAGGGAUAACACUAGGAUUGGAUUACCUCUCGUCAAACUGUAAUAAACAAAAAUACUCCUAUGCCCUCUGCCACAGGUGGAGCCAACCCUUUAGGGCAACAAAAGGGUGGGGGUAAUAUGCCCAGUAAUGAAGAAUGUGGGAUCCGAGAUGUAUGGAACCACAAUCUUGAAGAAGAGUUUCGUACGAUUCGUCAGAUUGUUCAACAGUACCAAUACAUUGCAAUGGAUACAGAAUUCCCUGGCGUUGUCGCAAGGCCAAUUGGUGAAUUUAGAACGAGUGCAGAUUACCAAUAUCAAUUGUUACGCUGCAAUGUAGACCUUUUAAGGAUUAUACAGCUUGGUCUCACCUUUCUUGAUGAAUCGGGAAAUACACCAGCAGGCUAUACAACAUGGCAAUUUAAUUUUAAGUUUAAUUUACAAGAAGACAUGUAUGCUCAAGACAGCAUAGAUAUGUUACAAAAUAGUGGCAUUCAAUUUAAAAAACACGAAGAAGAAGGUAUUGAUCCAUUAGAUUUUGCUGAGUUACUAAUGACUUCAGGAAUUGUGUUAGUUGACGAUAUCAAAUGGUUGUCCUUUCAUUCUGGUUAUGAUUUUGGCUACCUUCUUAAACUUUUAACGGAUCAAAAUUUACCACAAGAAGAAAGCGAGUUUUUUGAACUAUUGAGGAUAUAUUUUCCAACUAUUUAUGAUGUCAAGUAUCUUAUGAAAUCGUGUAAAAACCUGAAAGGUGGUCUACAGGAAGUUGCUGAACAACUUGAGUUGCAAAGAGUGGGACCACAACAUCAAGCUGGUUCUGAUUCACUGUUAACUGGAAUGGUAUUUUUUAAAAUGCGAGAGAUGUUUUUUGAGGAUAAUAUCGAUGAUGCUAAAUACUGUGGCCAUUUGUAUGGAUUGGGAACAUCUUUUGUUGUAAAUGGUUCCGGAGGCUAUCUCGACAGUAAUGGAGACAACUCAUCAUCUUCUUAAUAACCAUCAGUAUCAUCAUAUCUAACGGAGAUGAUUCUUUUUUGUGAAUAAUUCUAAUGAAAAGUUAAGAGAUCCAGUUUCAGUGUUGCGUGUAGAUUCUGUACAAUUCAUGAAACAUUCAGUUUUAAAUUUUUUUUAUCAUAUAUAGAUUUCUUUAAUUGAAACAUAAUUAUAACGAAAAGUAAAGAAUUUUAUAGAAAUAUAAAUUCGUCUUGCAAAUUUCAACCGUUUGUACCUUAGCUAAUUGUCUUUACUUACAUUUUGCUCAUCAAGAAGCAAAAGAAUUUUUUUUAAGUUCUCAUUUUUAUGACUUAUGUUGAUAUCUUUUUUUUUUCUUUGACCUCUAACUGAUUUGGAAUUUGCGUGGAUUUAUAUGUUGAGCGUUUUUUUUUGUAAGAAACAGUUGUGAAUAUAUGUCUAAAUUGAACAGUAAUACUUUUUUUUUUCUUUUCUUUUCUCCACAAACAACAUUGCGGAGGUUUUAAAUAGUCUUGUACGCGCACGAACGAUUUGAUUAAUUAUUUUAUUGUUUUUUUUCUUUUUCAAAACUUAAAUACUCUAUCAUUCUCAUGUUUCUCAAACUGUAUGAACAAUAACCAUUUUUUUUCUCUACAUUAUUUGGAAAUUCCGUCACACAAAGAUAUACUUUAAUUUUCAUGCAUAUGAUAAUACACGAUCAAUUGUAAAGGUGUAAUAAAAACAAGAUUUUUGUAUGAAUCUAUAAAUUUAA